AUGGUUAAAUCAUCUCUUUGUGCUGAGGUGAAUGAGAAACAUGUUUUGGAUCUAAUACUUAUACAUAUUAAGGAUGAUGUGGGUCAACAAAAGGUUAUGGCUUUCAAGAAUGAGGGAGAUGGCAUCUUGAGGUAUCAAGGAAAGUUGUGUGUUCUUGGCGUUGAUGGGAUGCAAGAAAGGAUUUUAACUGAGGAUAAUAAGUCCAAAUAUACAACUUAUCUAGAGUUGACAAAAAUGCACAAUGACUUGAAGGAUAUCUACCGGCCUCAGUUAAGUGUCAAGUCAACCCUUAAUAUAUUGAUGAUACUGUUUGAUUUUCUUUUCCAGCGCCUACAGAACUAUAUCCUCAUGCAACAUUCUAGAGGAAAAUCUGCUCUAGUUUUUUGUUCAACCAGAAAAGGAGCACAAGAGGCAGCACAACAGCUCUCUCAGACAGCUAUGACCUAUGGUCAAUCAAAUCCUUUUAUCAAAAACAGAGAGCAACAGGAAAGGUUGAGGGAAGCUUCACUAUCAUGCAGUGACAAACAAAUGCAGUCUUAUAUUCUUUAUGGUGUUGGUUAUCACAAUGGUGGUCUUUCUAUGAAUGACCGCAACCUCAUUGAAGGCCUAUUUCUGAAUGGUGACGUUCAAGUGCUGUGCACUACAAAUACUCUUGCCCAUGGAAUUAAUCUACCAGCACAUACUGUUGUGAUUAAAUCAACUCAGUACUUCAAUAAGGAAAAAGGGAUCUACAUGGAAUAUGACAGAUCAACUGUCCUGCAGAUGUCAGGAAGAGCAGGCCGACCACCGUUUGAUGACACAGGAGUGGUCAUAAUCAUGACCAGAAAAGAAACUGUUCACUUGUACGAGAAUUUAUUAAGUGGAUGCGAAUUGGUGGAAUCACAAUUGCUUCCAUGUGUUACAGAGCACCUAACAGCAGAGAUUGUUCAACUGACUGUGUCAGAUAUAACAGGAGCAAUUGAAUGGAUGAAAUGCUCAUAUUUGUAUGUAAGAAUGAAAAAGAAUCCAGAGAAAUAUGGAGUAAGGAAAGGGCUAAUUGGCAACCGUUUAGAGAGGCAUAUGCAAGAUAUUUGUGUUCAGAAUGUAAAUGAGUUGUCAAGGUAUCAAUUGAUUUGGACCGAUGAAGAUGGUUUCCUCUUAAAGCCUCUUGAACCUGGAAAGUUGAUGACGAAAUACUAUCUGAAAUUUGACACGAUGAAGCACAUCAUGCAAGCCCCUGGAAACUGUAGCAUAGAGGAUGCACUUCAAAUUGUUUGCCGUGCUGAGGAACUUGGAUGGAUACAACUGAGGCGCAAUGAGAAGAAGCUCCUGAAUGACAUCAACAUUGACAAAGACAAUCGGCUUCGCUUUCACAUCCUUGGAGACAAAGCGAAAAGAAAAAUGCGGGUCCAAACCAGAGAAGAGAAGAUAUUUGUUUUGGCAAAUGACUGCCUGACAGGGGACCCUUUCAUCCAUGAUUUAUCCCUUAGCCAGGAUAUGAACGCUGUAUGUGCAAAUGGAUAUAGAAUUGUGAAGUGCAUGAAAGAGUAUUUCCUAUACAGGAAGAACUAUCGAGGAGCUUUGAGUUCAGCACUUCUAACCAAAUCUUUGUAUCAGAAGGUCUGGGAUGACAGUCCAUACUUGCUGAAACAAUUACCUGGUAUUGGAAUGGUGACAGCAAAGGCAGUGCAUUCAAUGGGAGUAAAAUCAUUUUCCUCACUCUCCGAUGCAGAUCCAAGGAAAAUAGAGAUGGUCACUGGCAGAAAAAAUCCUUUUGGGAAUCAUAUAAAAGAGUCAAUAAAUAUUUUAGUUGAAUAA